ACAGCAUCUGAGUUGGUUGGUCCGACAGAAAGGUCAUUAGCUCCAUCAAUUGCAGGUGCAUUCUGGGCUACAGGCUACGUCAUGACAGCGAUUUAUGCUUACUUCAUUCGCUACUGGAGGAAACUGUUAAUAUUUAUCUGUUUAGUAGAUGUUUUCAUCUUCUUGGUGAUUAUUCUUCUAGUUCCAGAAUCCCCUCGUUGGUUGCAUUCCAUUGGACGAUUCGAUGAGGCUGAGGCCAUUAUUCAAAAAGCUUCUAAAUAUAAGAAGGAGAUACCAGUUGAAGUUUAUAAAGAAUUAAGGGAAGAAAAGGUUGAUGAUCAGACUGAAAACUCAAACGCCUCCGUUAAAGACUUGUUCCAUAAUAAAGUAAUGUGUUUGAGGACUAUUGUUAUUACAACACUUGGAUUUAUCAUCAACUGUGUAUACUUUGGUGUAUCACUGAGUGCAAUUCGUUUAAGUUCCAACGACUAUCUAGCAGUAGGUCUAUCAGCCGCUGUUGAAAUACCUGCGUGUUUGUUAAGCAGACUUGCAGUUGACCAAUGGGGGCGCCGUCCGAUAUUAGGUUCCGCUAUUUUGAUGGCUGGACUAUCAUGUAUUGGCAUAGCAUUUACAAGUGACUGGUUAAUAAUGGUAUUUGGACUAACUGGCAAGUUUGCCAUAUCAUCCUGCUACAAUAUUCACUUCGUAUUUGCAGCUGAAAUAUUUCCAACACCAGUUAGAAAUGUGGGUAUUGGUUUGGCAACCAUGGUAGGAAACUGUGGAGCAGUUCUAGCUCCUCAAUUGAUGUAUAUUGGUGUGGUUUGGGAGCAGCUACCGUAUUUCAUAUUCGGUUGUUUUUCUGGGAUUGGUGUGCUGCUCAUUCUGCUCCUUCCUGAAACGAAGGGUACCAACUUACCACAGUCUAUACAAGAGGGUAAAACUUUAGGUGUGAAAAUAGCGUCAGCAGAUUUGGGGGAAACCGGUUCAGAAGCACAGUGUCAUGAUACGCCUUUCGAUGUAAUGGAGAUGGAGUAAAUAAAAUCUUGUACUGACGAUACCUAGUAAGGAUCUACUGAACUAUGUCAGACACAGCUUUGACAAUAACUAGAAUUAUGAACUUAUUUAUGUCAUUGCCAGUCAGUAUUCAGUAUAACAUAUUUGUCAUAGGUAAAAGAAUUACAAUGAAAAAUACAUUUGCAGAGGCUAAUAAAUAAAUAGAUUACUUACUGUAAGUGUAAA